GGAACUUAAAUUUAGUUCUUUCUUUUCUGUCCAGUCUCCACUAAACAAAAGAACGCCUGGGCAUUUUAGAAUUCUUCUGAACCUGAAGCCUCUGAAAGAGAGCAACAGGCCUGGAGACCCCAAUGCUCAGAAUUUCUCCCUGUCUGUGAUAACAAAGGCAGAGGUUGCAGACAAAGUGGGAGAGUUGUCACAUAAAGCGGAUCUUUGAGCCCCGUUCCAUCAUGGGGGUGACGUGGCUCGCCAAGUUCAUCCUGGGAUGUACAGCACUAUGGUAUGUGGAACAAGCCCAGGCCCAACUGGAACAUGGAGACAUGCAAGUGGAUCGGUUUGAGGAGAAAACCAGAGUGAGAAGAAGGGGACAGGACACUCUUAGAGGACCCAAUGUUUGUGGAUCCAGAUUUCAUUCAUACUGUUGUCCAGGAUGGAAAACAUUACCAGGAGGAAACCAGUGCAUUGUCCCUAUUUGCCGAAAUUCUUGUGGAGAUGGAUUUUGUUCCAGGCCAAACAUGUGCACAUGCUCUAACGGACAGCUAUCAUCAACGUGUGGGGCUGGUGCAGUGAUGAACUGCAAUGUGCGUUGCAUGAACGGAGGCAGCUGUAAUGAAGACUCCUGUACUUGCCAGAAAGGAUACACUGGAACUCAUUGUGGGCAACCUGUCUGUGAAAACGGGUGUCAGAAUGGAGGGCGUUGCAUCGGUCCCAACAGAUGUGCCUGUGUGUACGGCUUUACUGGACCCCAAUGUGAAAGAGAUUACCGUACAGGACCCUGCUUUACACAAAUCAGCAACCAGAUGUGCCAAGGUCAACUUAGUGGAAUUGUUUGUACAAAGACCCUGUGCUGUGCCACCAUUGGCCGAGCCUGGGGACAUCCAUGUGAAAUGUGCCCGGCUCAACCACAUCCAUGUCGCAGAGGGUUCAUUCCAAAUAUCCGUACUGGAGCCUGCCAAGAUGUCGAUGAAUGCCAAGCUAUUCCGGGUCUGUGCCAAGGGGGCAACUGUAUCAACACUGUAGGAUCCUAUGAAUGUAAAUGUCCAGCUGGGCACAAACAAAGUGAGACCUCCCAGAAGUGUGAAGAUAUUGAUGAGUGCAGCACCACACCCAACGUGUGCGAUGGAGGGGAGUGCACUAACACUGCCGGAAGCUACGUUUGCGUAUGUCCUAGAGGUUACACAACCAGUCUUGAUGGGUCCCGUUGCAUUGAUCAGAGAGUUGGUACCUGCUACUCGGCACUGAUUGGCGGCCGAUGUGCUGGAGAUCUCCCUGGCCAGUACACAAAGGGACACUGCUGCUGUGAUGCUGGACGAUGCUGGGCUCUUGGUCAGAUUCCAGAAAUGUGUCCUGUCCGGGGUUCUGAUGAGUACCGGCGACUUUGCAUUGAAGCACAACCCGUAGGUCCAGUAUAUCCAGGAACCUAUCCUGGAGUAGGGCCUGGUGGCAUUGGGCCCGGAGGAUUUCUACCAAAUAUCAAUGGACAUGGACCUGGUGGACCGAUAUCUGGCUUGCCAGGCACGAGCAUUGGCAUAGGAACUGCAACGCUGAAUGAGACAAGGGAUAUAUGUAAAUCAUUCACCAAUUUAUGCCAGAAUGGGCGCUGUAUCCCCACACCAUCCAGCUAUCGAUGCGAAUGUAACAUGGGUUACAAACAAGACAACCGAUUGGAGUGUAUAGAUGUGGAUGAGUGCUCCAGCAGUCCAUGUAUUCACGGUGAUUGUGUGAACACACCGGGAUCCUACCACUGCAGGUGCCAUGAAGGUUAUCAGAGCAAUCCCACAAGACAAGCGUGUAUUGAUAUUGAUGAAUGUAUCAUGAAUGGCGUUAUGUGCCGAAAUGGACGUUGUGUUAACACAGAGGGCAGCUUCCAAUGUAUUUGUAACGCUGGCUUCGAAACGACUCCAGAUGGCAAGAAUUGUGUUGAUCACGAUGAAUGUGCCACCACAAACAUGUGUCUCAAUGGCAUGUGUAUUAAUGAAGACGGUAGCUUUAAAUGCAUUUGCAAGCCAGGAUUCGUAUUGGCUCCAAAUGGACGCUACUGUGUUGAUGUGGAUGAGUGCCAAACCCCAGGAAUCUGCAUGAACGGGCGAUGCAUUAAUACUGAAGGUUCCUUCCGCUGUGAGUGUUUGGGUGGGCUCACCAUUGGUAUCGAUGGCCGAGUCUGCGUAGACACCCAUAUGCGUAGUACCUGCUAUGGAGCCAUCAAAAAAGGCACCUGUGCCCGUCCCUUCCCUGGAGCUGUUACCAAAUCUGAGUGUUGUUGUGCUAGUCCCGAUCAUGGAUUUGGAGAACCUUGCCAACCAUGCCCAGCUAAAAAUUCUGCUGAAUUUCAGGCUCUGUGUAGCAGUGGAAUAGGGAUAACUGCAGAUGGUAGAGAUAUCAAUGAAUGUGCCUUGAAUUCUGAGAUCUGUCCCAAUGGAAACUGUGAAAACCUUCGGGGCAGUUACCGCUGCAUCUGUAAUCUGGGCUACGAGUCAGACACUAGUGGCAAAAACUGCGUGGAUGUAGAUGAGUGCGCAGUGAAUCGUCUACUCUGUGACCAUGGAUUAUGUCGUAACACUCCAGGGAGCUACACUUGCACCUGCCCCAAGGGCUAUGUCUUCAAACCUGAAUCAGAGACCUGUGAAGAUAUCAACGAGUGUGCAUCAAACCCCUGCAUCAAUGGUGUCUGCAGGAACAUUGCUGGAUCUUUCGUCUGCGAGUGCUCAUUUGGAAGUAAACUUGAUUCCACUGGUACCAUCUGUGUGGACAGCAUGAAAGGAACGUGCUGGUUGAACGUCCAAGAUGGCCGAUGCGAAGUCAACAUCAACGGAGCCACUCUGAAGUCUGAGUGCUGUGCUACCUUGGGUGCCGCUUGGGGAAGCCCUUGCGAGCGUUGUGAAAUUGACACCAAUUGCCCUCGAGGAUAUUCCAGAAAGAAGGGUGUGUCAUGCGAAGAUGUGAACGAAUGUGAGGUCUUUCCUGGAGUGUGUCCCAAUGGCCGCUGUGUGAAUACCGGUGGCUCCUUCAAAUGCGAGUGUCCAGAAGGCCUGACUCUGGAUGGCUCUGGCAGAAAUUGCGUGGAUGUACGUGUGGAGCAGUGCUACUUGGAAUGGGAUGAGGAUGAAUGUACAGCUCCUUUGCCUGGAAAAUAUCGUCUUGACUUGUGCUGCUGCUCGGUGGGUGCUGCUUGGGGCAUAGAUUGCGAGGAGUGUCCAAAGCCAGGAACUGAAGAGUAUAAGGCCACUUGCCCAAGAGGAACGGGCUUCGCCAACAGAGGAGACAUUCUUUCAGGCCGACCAUUCUACAAAGACAUAAAUGAAUGUAAAGUAUUUAACAGUCUCUGUACUCACGGAACGUGCCGGAACAGCAUCGGCAGCUUUAGAUGUAUCUGUGACAACGGAUUCGCUUUGGAUGCCAAGGAAAAGAACUGCACAGAUAUUGAUGAAUGCAGAAUCUCACCUGACCUUUGUGGGCAUGGAACAUGUGUCAACACUCCCGGGAGCUUUGAAUGCGAAUGCUUCGCUGGUUACGAGAGCGGGUUCAUGAUGAUGAAAAAUUGCAUGGACAUUGAUGAGUGUGAACGAGAUCCCUUGCUCUGCAGAGGCGGGACCUGUGUUAACACUGAUGGCAGCUUUGAAUGUAUUUGUCCUCCUGGACACGAACUGACUUCAGACGGAAAUGCCUGCAUAGAUGUAAAUGAAUGCUCUCUCAGUGAUAACUUGUGCAGAAAUGGUCGUUGCGUGAACAUGAUUGGAACUUACCAGUGCUCCUGCGAUUCUGGAUUCCAGUCAACUCCUGAUCGGCAAGGCUGUGUGGACAUUGAUGAGUGCACCAUCAUGAACGGAGGAUGUGACACCCAUUGUACCAAUUCCGAGGGCAGCUAUGAAUGUAGCUGCAGUGAAGGCUAUGCACUAAUGCCAGACCAGAGAUCAUGUGCCGAUAUUGAUGAAUGUGAGGACAAUCCAGAGAUCUGCGAUGGGGGACAGUGUACAAACAUCCCUGGAGAAUACCGCUGUCUGUGCUUUGAUGGCUUCAUGGCCUCUCUGGAUAUGAAGACCUGUAUAGACGUCAACGAGUGUGACCUCAAUCCCAACAUCUGCCUUCACGGGGAGUGCGAGAACACCAAAGGUUCCUUCAUCUGUCACUGCCAACUGGGAUAUUUUGUAAAGAAGGGUACUACUGGCUGCACAGAUAUUGAUGAGUGUGAAGUUGGUGCUCACAACUGCGAUGUGCACGCCUCAUGCAUCAACGUUCCUGGAAGCUUUAAGUGCAAGUGUGGUACUGGCUGGGUCGGAGAUGGACUGAAAUGCAUUGACCUUGAUGAAUGCUCCACUGAAGAACACAACUGCAAUGUGAACGCCAACUGCGUUAAUACACCUGGUUCGUAUCGCUGCUCUUGCACUGAAGGAUUCAAUGGGGACGGUUUCACCUGUUCAGAUGUGGAUGAAUGUGCAGAUAAUGUGAAUCUGUGUGACAAUGGACACUGCCUGAAUGCCCCCGGAGGAUACCGCUGUGAGUGUGAAAUGGGCUUCACACCUACUGAGGACAGCAAAGCUUGUCAAGACAUUGAUGAAUGUACAUUCCAGAACAUUUGCGUCUUUGGAACCUGCCAGAAUCUGCCUGGAAUGUUCCGCUGCGUCUGUGAUGAUGGUUAUGAGCUGGAUAGGAGCGGAGGAAACUGUACUGAUGUAAAUGAAUGUGCUGAUCCAGUGAACUGUAUCAAUGGACUGUGCGUUAAUACCCCAGGAAGCUACUCGUGCAACUGCCCGCAGGACUUCGAGCUGAACCCUACUGGAGUGGGAUGUGUUGAUACCCGUGUUGGUAACUGCUUCUUGGAAACCCUAGCCCGGGGUGAUGGUGGAAUCUCAUGCAGUGCGGAAAUUGGAGUGGGUGUCACACGUGCCUCUUGCUGCUGCUCUCUGGGCCGUGCUUGGGGUAACCCCUGUGAAUUCUGCCCUCUUGGAAACUCAACUGAAUACAAGACUCUGUGUCCUGGCGGUGAAGGAUUCAGACCAAACCCCAUAACAGUUAUCUUAGAAGAUAUUGAUGAAUGCCAGGAACUCCCAGGUUUGUGCCAAGGUGGAAAUUGUGUAAAUACUUUUGGAAGCUUCCAGUGUGAGUGUCCACUCGGCUACUACUUGAAUGAAGAAACCCGUAUCUGUGAAGACAUUGAUGAAUGCUCAGCACACAUUGGCAUCUGUGGUCCGGGAACGUGCUACAAUACUCUUGGAAACUAUACUUGUGUUUGUCCUCCAGAGUAUAUGCAAGUCAAUGGAGGAAACAACUGCAUGGAUAUGAGGAAGAGUGUGUGUUACCGCAACUACAAUGACACGUGUGAAAAUGAGCUUUCAGCCAAUAUGACCAAGAAGAUGUGUUGCUGCUCCUACAACAUUGGCAAAGCAUGGAAUAAGCCCUGUGAACCUUGCCCCACGCUUGCUAGCCCUGAAUACCAAAUUCUUUGUGGUACCCAGCCCCCUGGAUUCAUUAUUGACAUCCGAACUGGCAAACCAGUGGAUAUUGAUGAAUGCACUGAAAUCCCAGCUAUUUGCACCAACGGAGUAUGUAUCAACCAGAUUGGAAGCUUCCGCUGCGAGUGUCCAAUGGGCUUCAGCUACAAUAACAUCCUCCUCAUCUGUGAAGAUAUUGAUGAAUGCAGCAGUGGAGAAAAUCUGUGCCAGAUCAAUGCCGACUGUAUUAAUAUCCCUGGGUCGUACCGCUGCGAGUGCUCCAGUGGAUACAAGUUGUCCCCCAGUGGGGCCUGUGUGGGUCGUAAUGAGUGUAAUGAGAUUCCAAAUGUCUGCAGCCAUGGAUCAUGCGUAGACACUGAUGGUAGCUACAUCUGUGUGUGUCACAAUGGAUUCAAAGCCAAUGGGGACCAAACAAUGUGCAUGGAUAUUGAUGAGUGCGAUCGUCAGCCAUGUGGCAACGGAACCUGCAAGAACACUGUUGGCUCUUACAACUGUCUCUGCUUCCCUGGAUUUGAACUCACUCACAACAAUGACUGCUUGGACAUCGAUGAGUGUUCUUCUCUGGUGGGCCAAGUUUGCCGCAAUGGCCAAUGCCUCAACAACAUGGGCUCCUUCCAGUGCUUAUGUCAUGAAGGCUAUGAGAUCACACCUGACGGCAAGAACUGUGUGGACAUUAAUGAAUGUACCAGUUUGCCUGGGACCUGUUCUCCUGGAACAUGUCAAAAUCUGGAGGGAUCGUUCCGCUGUAUCUGCCCCCUUGGAUAUGAAGUGCAGAAUGACAAUUGUAUUGACAUCAAUGAAUGUGACGAAGAGCCUAACAUUUGCUUGUUUGGAACCUGCACCAACACUCCUGGAAGCUUCCAAUGCGUUUGUCCUCCGGGAUUUGUCCUGUCUGAUAAUGGCCGCCGUUGCUUUGACACUCGCGAGAGCUUCUGUUUUACUGAAUUCGAUAACGGCAAAUGCUCAGUUCCAAAAGCUUCCAACACUACAAAAGCUAUGUGCUGCUGCAGCAAAAUGCCCGGAGAGGGCUGGGGCGACCCGUGCGAGCUGUGCCCCACCGAAGGAAGUGUGGCCUUCACUGAACUCUGCCCAUUUGGACAUGGAGCUAUUCCUGGCAUAGGAGAUAAUAGAGAAGAUGUGAAUGAAUGUGCUGGGAAUCCUGGAAUCUGUCGCAACGGAGUUUGUAUUAACACAGACGGCUCUUUCCGCUGUGAAUGUCCUUUUGGUUAUCUUCUGGAUUAUACAGCAAUUAACUGUGUUGAUUUCGAUGAGUGUUCCGUUGGGAAUCCAUGCGGCAAUGGUACAUGCACCAAUGUGAUUGGAGGAUUCGAAUGUGCCUGUGAUGAAGGGUUUGAACCCGGCCCAAUGAUGGUUUGCGAAGAUAUCAAUGAGUGCACAAACCCUCUGCUUUGUGCUUUCCGCUGUAUAAACACCUAUGGAACAUAUGAGUGCACCUGUCCUUCCGGAUACACCCUGAGAGAGGACCGCAGGAUGUGCAAAGAUCUGGAUGAGUGCGCCGAAGGUCUCCAUGACUGCGAGUCGCGUGGCAUGAUGUGCAAAAACCUUAUUGGCACAUUCAUGUGCAUAUGCCCACCAGGCAUGCAACGGCGCCCAGAUGGGGAGGGCUGUAUGGAUGAAAAUGAAUGUCGCACAAAACCCAACAUUUGCCCCAACGGCCGCUGUGUUAAUACCAUUGGCAGCUACCGAUGCGACUGUAAUGAUGGGUUCCAGGUCAGUGCCUCUGGCACCGAGUGUGUGGACACCCGGCAGGGAUUCUGCUUCACCGAAGUUCUCCAGACGAUGUGCCAGGGGUCCUCCACCAACCGCAACAUGGUCACCAAGUCUGAGUGCUGCUGUAACAGUGGACGAGGCUGGGGCAAUCAGUGCGAGCUGUGCCCGUUACCUGGCACUGGUACAUACAAGAAAAUGUGCCCACAUGGCCCUGGUUUCACCACAGAUGGAAGAGAUAUUGAUGAAUGCAAAGUUCUGCCCAACCUGUGUAAGAAUGGACAGUGCAUAAACACCAUUGGAUCCUUCCGCUGUCACUGCAAACUGGGAUACACCACGGAUAUUACAGGGACAACCUGUGUGGAUCUGGAUGAAUGUGCUCAAUCACCCAAACCAUGUAAUUUUAUCUGUAAGAACACAGAGGGAAGCUACCAGUGCUCUUGCCCUAGAGGUUACAUUCUGCAAGAGGAUGGCAAGACCUGCAAAGAUUUGGAUGAGUGUUCCACAAAACAGCACAACUGCCAGUUCUUGUGUGUUAAUACCAUCGGAAGCUUCAACUGCAAGUGCCCACCAGGCUUUACCCAGCACCAGUCCUCGUGUAUUGAUAACAAUGAAUGUAGUGCUCAGCCAACCCUGUGCGGGUCUCGUGGUAUGUGCCAGAAUAACCCUGGAAGCUUCAGCUGUGAAUGUCAGAAAGGCUUCUCUCUGGACAACUCGGGCAGCAACUGUGAAGAUGUGGAUGAAUGUGACGGAAACCACCGUUGUCAACAUGGUUGCCAGAAUGUCUUAGGAGGAUUCCGAUGUGGUUGCCCACAAGGCUAUGUACAACAUUACCAGUGGAACCAGUGCGUAGAUGAGAAUGAGUGUUCCAGUCAGUCCUCCUGCGGCUCAGCCUCCUGCUACAAUACUUUGGGAAGCUUUAAGUGUGUUUGCCCAUCAGGCUUUGAUUUCGAUCAGUCAUUCGGUGGUUGCCAGGAUGUAGAUGAGUGCUCAGCUGGAGGAGCCCCUUGCAGCUAUGGUUGCUCCAACACUGAUGGUGGUUAUCUGUGUGGCUGCCCUGGUGGAUACUUCCGAGCCGGUCAAGGGCACUGUGUGUCAGGCAUGGGAUUUGGAAAGGGCAGCUACCUCCCAGCUCCAAUUGAAGAAGAUGAGGAGAACUUACUGUCCCCAGAAGGUUGCUAUGAAUGUAAGAUCAAUGGGUAUCCAAAGAGAGGAAGACAGAGACGCAGCACUAAUUCAACCUCGGGUCAUGAGGACCAUCACAUCAGUCUGGCCAGUGUUGAUGUAGAUGCUCCACUCAUCAUGAAUCUUAACAUCUCUGAUCUGGAUAACAAGCAGCACAUCCUGGAACUAAUCCCAGCUCUGGAACCUCUGGAGAACCAUGUACGCUACAUUAUCUCUCAGGGCAAUGAUGAAGGACACUUCCGCAUCCACCAAAAGGAUGGCCUCAGCUAUCUACACCUAGGUCGCAAAAAAGUGACACCUGGCACAUACAACUUGGAAAUUGCCAGUGUACCAUUAUACCGCAGGAAGGAACUGCAGAAAUUAGAGGACAGCAAGGACCUCAACUACCUCAGCGGAGAAAUAGGCCAAGCACUCAAGAUGAAACUUCGAAUCCAACUAUAUUAACAACCCAAACAAACAUUCCUUGUAUGACCUUCACAAGAUCCGAACUGUACAGUUAUAGAAUUUUCUUCUGUCUAAUUAGCAAGCUUUUGUGUCAGAACCUACGCACUAAGGCGUAAGUUUGAUGGAAAAUGUGGAAUAUCAGUCCAGCAAUUACCAACGUCCGUAUAUAUUUUUGGAAAAAAAAUUUCAUAGCGUCUUUGUUACAUAAAAAAAUACAAAAAAAUAAAAAAUUAUCUUGGGUUUAGGGAUUUAAAAAUAGUGUUGCUGGCAGAAAUAUCAAUAAAAUAAGUAAAGAUGAAGUGAAGCAUCCACAGAAAUGCCAGCUGAUAUUUAAAUAUAUUAAAAGUGGGUCUGAGUUUUUCUGGAGGUCUCUGAGAUGUCAGUCUGUCCCCACCAAAAACAUCCAUAAACAAAACGGAAUGGUGGGAGAUUCUACUACAGCCAGUGCCUUACUAAAGUAAUGAUUAUGUGCUUACGCAAAAAAAGAAGUGGCAAUUAGAGGUUUAGACCUUGUUUCUCAAAAGUGUAUUAUGGUUUAUUGUUUGAAAUGUAAAGCUAAUCUCUAACAAUAAACUGUAAUUGAGCAUGCACAGAUGGCUAAACCAAAUGAAAGCAGGACGGUGGCUGUAGACGUUAAAUAUAUAAUUGUCAGGUUUUUUCAAUUUUGUAUUUUUUUAUAUUUUCCAAGUUAGUUGUGCAUCAGAAACAAAUGUUACAAAUGUGACAAGGAGCAUGUGAUUAAAACCCUAUGUUUGAGAUUUGGAGUGGAAAUACCGACCGAAUAUAGCAUUAACGCUGAGUUGAACGUGAUAAUUGGAGAAUCUAAAGACUGAAAACAUACUGUGAGAUAUAUUUGAUAACAAGGAAUUGUAGUAAAUUGAAAACGGAAAAAUAGCAAACAAUUCGUAAAAAUAUCUCAGUUAUAACUGUCACCUAUUUUUGCCUAAAUUUCGCAAUUCAUUGUUCAGUUUAUUUUCAGUUUUAUUACUAUUCAAUUCUUAGUUACUAAACUCUUGUG